GCGGCCCGGCCGGAGGAGGCCGCUGCGGAGCCCGGCCUCAGCAUGAACCGCAGCCACCGGCACGGGGCGGGCAGCGGCUGCCUGGGCACCAUGGAGGUGAAGAGCAAGUUUGGAGCUGAAUUUCGUCGGUUUUCCCUGGAAAGAUCAAAACCUGGAAAAUUUGAGGAGUUUUAUGGAUUACUGCAACAUGUUCAUAAGAUACCCAAUGUUGACGUUUUAGUAGGCUAUGCAGACAUCCAUGGAGACUUACUCCCUAUAAAUAAUGAUGAUAAUUAUCACAAAGCUGUUUCAACGGCCAAUCCACUGCUUAGGAUUUUUAUACAAAAAAAGGAAGAAGCAGACUACAGUGCCUUUGGUACAGACACACUAAUAAAGAAGAAGAAUGUUUUAACCAAUGUAUUGCGUCCUGACAACCAUAGAAAAAAGCCACAUAUAGUCAUUAGUAUGCCCCAAGACUUCAGACCUGUGUCUUCUAUUAUAGACGUGGAUAUUCUCCCAGAAACACAUCGUAGGGUUCGUCUUUACAAAUACGGCACUGAGAAACCCUUAGGGUUCUACAUCCGGGAUGGCUCCAGCGUCAGGGUCACACCGCAUGGCUUAGAGAAGGUCCCAGGGAUCUUUAUAUCCAGACUUGUCCCAGGAGGCCUGGCUCAAAGCACAGGACUAUUAGCUGUUAAUGAUGAAGUUUUAGAAGUUAACGGCAUAGAAGUUUCAGGGAAGAGUCUUGAUCAAGUAACAGACAUGAUGAUCGCCAACAGCCGCAACCUCAUUAUAACAGUGAGACCAGCAAACCAGAGGAAUAAUGUUGUUCGGAACAGUCGGACUUCCGGCAGCUCUGGCCAGUCCACAGAUAACAGCCUCCUGGGCUAUCCCCAGCAGGUAGAACCGAGCUUUGAGCCAGAGGACGAAGACAGUGAUGAAGAUGACAUUAUUAUUGAAGAUAACGGAGUGCCGCAGCAGAUUCCUAAAGCUGUUCCUAAUACCGAGAGCCUCGAAUCAUUAACGCAAAUAGAACUCAGUUUUGAGUCUGGACAGAACGGUUUUAUUCCUUCGAAUGAAGUGAACUUAGCACCUGUAGCAAGUGGCACAAAUACAGAAACACAUGCUCCGGAUCAAAAACUCUUAGAAGAAGAUGGAACGAUCAUAACACUAUGAAACUUUGUCUGAAUGUCUUUGGAGUGAGGAUGCCAUUGGGACUUGUAAAUCUGGCUAGUUUAUUAAAGCAUACAUACCUCUGAACCAGUGACCUGGAGUAGGCAUGAGAAAAAUAAUAUUGCAAGCUUAAAAUGUUAUUAAAAUAGUAGUUUGAUAAUUGUUAAUAUAAACUUCAGUUUGUCACAGGUGAGUUUAAGUCUAAAAGGGGCCUUUGCUAAUGAAAUUAUGGCUUUUGCUAUUUUGUCUCUAGAGAACUGGAUGUUAGAGCACAUUCUCAGAACUAUGAGAGGACCAGAUCAUUUCCGUUCGAAGUGGUUGCAUAUUUAACCUGCUGUGCAGAGCC